AUGUACAAUAAUCUCUUAUAUAAUAUUGUUUAUAAACGAAUUAUAAUCUUAGGACAUCAUAUAUUAUUAUUAUUAUCAUCAUCAUCAUCUAUGAUAUUUGAAAAUUCCGCUUUCUUAUCAAUUCAACAGUUUCAAUAUUAUAUUCAUUCACACAUAGAAUUAUUAUUAAAAAAUUUCUGUAAUCAUUUUAAUAUAAAAUUUUUUAUUAUUUUAUUAAUGAUUAUUAUUAAAAGUCAAUUAAAAUAUGAUUUAUUUCAUUCAAUGAAUCUGACAGUUGAUGCAUCUAUCUUAACACCAACACCAACAACAGCAACAACAACAACUAAUACAUUCAAACAAUAUUAUCAUAGACCAUUAAGAUAUUAUUUACAAUUAUCUAAUGAACAAAAACAAUCACUUAGAUCCUAUUUAUAUCAUUCAGAUCAUUGGCUUACACAACAAAUGAAUAAUCCAUUUUUAUCUAAUAUCAUUACAAAUGAUCAUGGUGUUAACCCUUAUGAUAAUGAAAAUGAUAAAAAUCCACAAUUCAAUAAUCCUCAAUAUAAUGAAAAAAUACAAUCCAUAAUUGAAAAAUUUAAGAAUAAAAUUUUACAUCAAUUACAUUUGAAAACGGUACCAAAAGUCAAUGUGAAUAAUGAAUCUGAAUGGAAUUCAUUACCAAUAAUAUUACGUAAUCGAUUAAAAGCUGAAAUUGAUGUGAAUAAUCAGUUUAUUGAUAAACCAAUUGGACAAGAUGAAGAGAAAGAAACACUGAUUUUAUUAAAACAAUACCAACCGCCAGUGAAACUGCCCAAUCCAAAUAUAUUUACAUUAAAAGUAGCCGAAGAAAUUGAUCCAACUUAUAUAAGCCGAGUUACUCUUCAUGUCGAGAUCAACGGUGAAAUUCGUCCAAAUUCAAUAUUCACUUUAUGGGAAAUUCAUCCUACAUUAUUUAAACCAAAUUUUUUAUGGUUUAAUGAUAUUAAUGAUAAUAAUAAUAACGAUAAUGAUGAUUUAACAGCUGAAUCGUUACCACAAACUGAUAUCAAUGAUUAUAAUGAAAUGGAAAAUGAUCAGAAAUUUCAAUCAUCCAAUUUAUUCAAUGAUCCAUAUAGAUUAUCUAUUAAUGAUUUCCAAAGAAUGUUUAGAUUAAUUAAACCAGAAAUAGCUAAAACUAUGAUGCCUCAAAAUAAUUUGACAUCUAUGAUAACAUUGAAUAUUACAAAUCGUAUGAUUCAUUGGUUAAAAUAUAAUCAUAUAAAAAUUCAAGCCUAUAAACCAUUAAUAAGAUAUUUAAUGAUUAUGUGUAAUGAUUGUGAUAAUGAACAAAAUAUUAUUGAUCCAAAAAAGGUUGUUAUGGAAAUUAGAUAUCGUCCACGUUUAAAAAGACAGAGGCGUUCAUUAACUAAAGGAGACGAGACAAUAUACAAUGUAUGUCGUUCUAAUGGACACCAUUAUAGUUGUUGUACACAACCAUUAUCUGUUAAAUUUUCUGAUAUUGGUUGGGAUAAUUGGAUUAUACACCCGAAAAGUUUUGAACCGAAUUAUUGUAGAGGAUCCUGCAAAGUCACAUCAACAAAAAGUCUACACUACGAUGUUAUGGAUUUAUUAUUACGUAAGAAUUUAUCACAAUUUGGAAAUAUUCAACGUGAUGAUGUACAAUCUUGUUGUCAUCCAACUCAAUUAACUAGUAUGUCUGUUUUAUACUUGGAUUCAAAUCGUGAAUUACAAAUGCAUACUUUACAUAAUUUAAUUGUUUUAGGAUGUGCUUGUAGUUAA